AUUUCUAUAUCCGUCUCACUCUUUGGCACAGAGAAACACAAAUAAUCUGAAUCUCUUCUUUGCUCUUUAGCCAUUUUGUAACUUAAGACAAAAAUCACCUCUCUGAAAGGCACAAGAACAUGCCAGAAAUGACUGAAGUAGACAAACCAGUUGUGGCAGAAGCCAAACCAGAACAGAGUGAAUCUUCCACAGACAGCGAUUCAGACGAGGAAAUUCCUGAAUUGGAAGAUGCUGGAACAGCUAAUGCUGCAUCUGCAGCUUUUCCUGGAGCAACUGCAGCAGGAUUGCCUAUUGACAUGGUCUCCAAAGCAAAACAGUCCAGAGGAGAGAAGAAAGCCAGGAAAAUUAUGUCUAAACUUGGACUGAAACCUGUGCAGGGAGUGAACAGGGUGACCAUACGCAAAUCGAAGAACAUCCUGUUCGUGAUCAACAAGCCCGACGUGUACAAGAACCCCGUCAGCGACACGUACAUCGUGUUCGGCGAGGCGAAGAUCGAAGAUUUGUCGCAGCAGGCGCAAGUCGCCGCCGCCGAGAAGUUCAAGGAGGUGAAUCCGGCGGGCGAAAGCGCCGCAGGCACCACCACGACGUCGGUGGCGCCCAUAGCCGAGGAGUCUGAGGACGAGGAGGUGGACGAUUCGGGUGUGGAAGAUAAGGACGUGGAGCUGGUGAUGUCUCAGGCGAACGUCAGUCGAGUGAAGGCCAUAAAGGCGCUCAAGAAUAACCAGAAUGAUAUCGUGAAUGCGAUCAUGGAGCUUACUAUGUAGGAUCUCCUAUAGUUGGAUCGCGUUUUUUUUUCUUUUCUCUCAUCUUUUUAUUCAUUAAACUGUCUUCAAUUGCUGUCAUUGGGAAUGAAUCGAUAAGACUCCAGUGUAAAUAAUUAAAAUUAAGUCAUUAGUAGUCUCCUAUUUGUGUUUUUAUUUGUUACACCCUGUAUUGAUACCUGUGUAUAAGUUGAUGGACA